CUCUUAGGUUUCAUGAAUCUAAUUACAGAGAAUCUAGUGGGUGGCGUUAAGUCUAUGUGAUUCUAGUGUCAUCAACCUUAGGUAAUCGUGAAUACACGCGCUCUGUAAACAGUUGAACCUGCCCCGUUCUCUGAAAAUAAAUAGAUUUUUAUUGUAGUUGAGUUUUGAAGGCAGUAGGUUCGGAGAGAGGUUCGGAUUACGGAUAUUGGGAGUAAGAGUAUAAAGCAGAGACAGCUUUCUACUUUGUUUUGAGAAAAAAGAGAGACGGCAAAAGGUCAUGAAGAAUGUGAUUAUGAGCAAGUGAAUUAGUAUCCAUCACAGCAAACAGCACUAAAAGAUCAAAAGGCCAAUUCCUCCUCUCCGGUCUUUAGAUUUUGUCUCUCUCUUCUCCGAUCUCGCCUGUUCGUUUGGAAGUGAUGGUGGAAUUUUGAGUGGAAGAAGUGAAAUCGUUGUGAGAUGGCUGGAGAAGGAACGUUAACUUUUUCGCUGGCCUCAGUAGUGGAAGAUGUACUGCAACAACACGGCAAUAGAUUGAGGGAUCUUGAUUUGGAGUCUAGAAAGGCUGAGGAAGCCGCCUCAAGAAGGUAUGAAGCCGCCGGAUGGCUAAGAAAAAUGGUAGGAGUUGUUGCGGCUAAAGAUUUGCCAGCUGAGCCUUCCGAGGAAGAGUUUAGGCUUGGAUUGAGAAGCGGGAUUAUCCUUUGCAAUGCUUUAAACAAAAUUCAACCUGGUGCCGUGCCUAAGGUAGUCGAAAGUCCCGAGGCUGUUCUCAUUCCUGAUGGAGCAGCGUUGUCUGCAUUUCAGUACUUUGAAAAUGUCAGAAAUUUCCUUGUGGCAGCACAAGAGUUGGGGCUCCCUACUUUUGAGGCUUCUGAUCUUGAACAAGGUGGGAAGUCGGCAAGGGUUGUGAGUUCUGUGCUGGCACUUAAAUCCUUCAGCGAGUGGAAACAGACAGGUGGUAAUGGAGUAUGGAAAUUUGGUGGAAAUAUAAAAUCUACUACAUUGGGUAAAACUUUUGUGAGAAAAAAUACAGAUCCAUUCACGAAUUCCUUGUCGAAAACCUCAUCAAUGAACGAAAAGGCUUUAAAUCCUCACUCUUCUGACCUGGACUCUAAUAAAAUGUUAAGUUCUGGUUCAUUGAGUAUGCUUGUUCGUGCGGUUCUUUUAGAUAAGAAGCCUGAAGAAGUUCCAAUGUUGGUGGAAUCUGUGCUAAGCAAGCUAGUGGAGGAGUUUGAGCACCGCAUUGCAAGGCAAUCUGAACAAAAGCUGAAAACAGCCCCAAAAGAUGUAGCUGCUGCUCAUGGCAAGUCUCUGUUGAAAUCUGCCAUUGUUGAUAAAAAGUUGCAUGACAAACAGUUCAAAGUCACAAAGAAAGAGGAAAGUGUACAUAAAAAUUACAUUCCUGAUGAGGAACUAAAAAGUCAGUCACUAAAACAGCAAAUGAUCUUUGAUCAGCAACAAAGAGACAUUCAGGAACUUAAGCAUACCAUUCAUGCUACAAAAGCUGGUAUGCAGUUUAUGCAAAUGAAAUUUAAGGAGGAGUUAAACAAUCUUGGCUUGCAUAUUCAUGGUCUAGCUCAUGCUGCUUCUGGUUAUCACAAAGUUCUUGAGGAAAACCGAAAGCUAUACAAUCAGGUGCAGGACCUCAAGGGAAAUAUCCGCGUGUACUGUCGAGUGAGACCAUUCUUAUCUGGACGGUCAAAUUAUUUGAGCACUGUUGAUCAUAUAGAAGAGGGGAAUAUCACAAUUAACACCCCAUCUAAGCAUGGUCAAGGACAGAAGUCCUUCAGCUUUAACAAAAUUUUUGGGCCAUCUGCAACACAAGCGGAGGUGUUCUCUGAUAUGCAGCCGCUGAUCCGAUCAGUUCUUGAUGGAUACAAUGUCUGUAUAUUUGCAUAUGGCCAAACAGGAUCAGGAAAAACUUUUACUAUGAGUGGUCCCAAGGUGGUCAAUGAGAAAAGUCAAGGUGUUAAUUACAGAGCAUUAGGUGAUUUGUUUCUUCUAGCAGAGCAGAGAAAGGAUAUGUUCCGCUAUAACAUUGCGGUUCAGAUGUUGGAGAUUUAUAAUGAGCAAGUCAGGGAUCUGCUUGUUACUGAUGGAAGUAACAAAAGAUUAGAAAUUCGCAACAGUUCUCAAGCUGGUCUUAAUGUACCGGAUGCAAGUCUUAUUCCUGUUUCAUCAACAGCUGAUGUUAUUGAUCUAAUGAACCUUGGACAAAAGAACCGUGCAGUUGGUGCAACAGCCUUGAAUGAUCGUAGUAGUCGCUCUCAUAGUUGCUUGACUGUGCAUGUUCAAGGAAGAGACUUGACUUCUGGAAUGUUGUAUCAUGGAUGCAUGCAUCUGGUUGAUCUGGCAGGAAGUGAGAGAGUACACAAAUCUGAAGUGACUGGAGAUAGACUGAAAGAGGCACAGCACAUUAACAAAUCUCUGUCUGCGUUAGGAGAUGUUAUCUCUUCUCUUGCACAAAAGAACACACAUGUCCCAUACAGAAACAGCAAACUCACACAAUUGCUCCAAGAUUCACUUGGGGGGCAAGCCAAGACACUAAUGUUUGCUCACAUAAGCCCUGAACCUGAUGCCAUUGGUGAAACAAUAAGUACACUGAAAUUUGCAGAGAGAGUUGCCACUGUUGAACUUGGUGCUGCUAGAGUGAAUAAAGAUAGUUCAGAUGUUAAAGAGUUGAAAGAACAGAUUGCUAGCCUUAAGGCAGCAUUAGCAAGGAAAGAAGGAGAUCAACCUUUUAGUUCUAACCAACAGGUUGGAGAUAUAUUCAGUGACCAAAACAGCUAUCGGCAAGCCAUGGGUGAUAUAGCGGUACUUCCAGUUCAAACCAACUCUGCCUUACAUCAGAAGAGGCAAAGCUUUGACCUUGAUGAGCUAUUGGCAAAUUCUCCUCCAUGGCCUCCAGUCGUUAGUCCGAGUCAAAAUUAUGGAGAGGAUGAGAAAGAAAUAGGCUCAGGUGAAUGGGUAGAUAAAGUCAUGGUUAACAAACAAGAUAUUGUAAAUAGAGUUGAAAACUCUCCUGGAUGUUGGGAAGCAGAUAAUGGGCAUUCACCAGAUGUCUUUUACCAGAAAUAUCUCCAAGAUGCUUCCAAAAGUUAUCCAGAACAACUCUGCAUAGGAAACAACCAGUUCAAUGUUGCUACUUCAGAUGAUCUAGAGGAUCUUGAUGCCGCUACUAGUGAUUCAUCUGAACCUGAUUUGCUUUGGCAAUUUAACCAGUCCAAAUUUUCAAGAAUAACCAAUGGGAUUGAUUCAAAGGCCAAAAAACAAAAUUUAAGAUCAUCAAAGAACCCAGAAACAAGGAACCUGAAUCCUAAGCUAGGCCCUUCACCUUCAAGGAAACUAGCAAAUGGGGUUGGUGUCCCCCUACACAGAGGUGGGAGGCAGCCUACUUCUGCUGAUGGGAAACGGAAAACUGGAAAUAGAAAAUAGGAGUGUUGUUACCCACGGUCCAAGGGUGAUUGUUUUUUUCACUUCUCUGAUUUUCUUCAAAUCUUUAGAGAAAGAGAAAGGUUCAUUGGUUUUUUCAUUCUUUUGUUGUAAUUUUUAUAAUUUGAUAGUAAAAUCAAGAAUGUUAUCCAAACUCUAA